GCAUGUGUUUUAAGAUUUGAAGGAAAGUUACAAUGUGUCUUCAGGCUGUCAUCUGUGUGUUAUGGACAGCAUGUGUGUGUCAGACUUCAGGAAACCAGCAUGAUCCAAAUAUCAUCAUCAUGCUUAUGGAUGAUAUGGGAUGGGGUGAUUUGGGGGUGUUCGGGGAGCCGUCCAGGGAAACCCCGAGCUUGGAUCUGAUGGCCGCUCAGGGAAUGCUGUUCCCGAACUUCUACGCUGCAAACCCGCUGUGUUCCCCCUCCAGGGCUUCUCUGCUCACUGGGAGACUUCCCGUGCGUAAUGGUUUCUACACCACCAAUGCUCAUGCUAGGAAUGCAUACACACCUCAGGAGAUUGUGGGGGGAAUAUCUCAGGACGAGAUCCUGCUUCCAGAACUGCUGAAAAAGAAAGAUUACGUCAGCAAGAUCGUUGGAAAGUGGCACCUUGGGCACAGAACUCAAUACUUGCCUCUGAAGCGUGGCUUUGACGAAUGGUUUGGUGCCCCGAACUGCCAUUUCGGCCCCUACAAUGACAGGCUCCGUCCCAAUAUACCCGUCUACAACAACUCUGAAAUGAAGGGAAGGUAUUACGAAGAGUUUGAGAUUAAUGUGAAAACAGGGGAAUCCAACAUCACCCAAAUCUAUCUGGAGGAAGGCUUGGACUUUAUCUCUCGGCAAGCCACGGCCCAGCGGCCCUUCUUUCUCUACUGGGCUCCAGAUGCAACUCACGCGCCUGUUUACGCCUCAAAACACUUCUUGGGAAAGAGUCAGAGGGGGCGUUAUGGUGAUGCCGUGAUGGAGUUGGAUUACAGCAUUGGCCAGAUUCUGGGACGACUGGUCAGUCUGGGAAUCCACAACAACACAUUUGUGUUCUUCACUUCUGAUAACGGGGCAGCGGUGAUGUCUGGACCGAGACAAAGUGGCAGCAACGGCCCGUUUCUCUGUGGGAAAGAGACUACGUUUGAAGGUGGGAUGAGGGAACCAGCCAUUGCCUGGUGGCCUGGACGAAUCCCUGCUGGCACAGUAAGCCAUCAGUUGGGCAGUGUGAUGGAUCUCUUCAGUACGAGUCUCUCCGUGGCCGGCGUUCUUCCCCCUGAUGACCGUGUCAUUGAUGGUCUGGAUUUGAGUCCUGUACUCUUCAACAACUCACUGCUCGACAGACCCAUCUUCUAUUAUCGUGGAAACCAGAUGAUGGCGGUGCGGAUCGGGCAAUACAAGGCGCACUACUGGACUUGGAGCAACUCAUGGGAGGAGUUCAACAAGGGAGUAAACUUCUGCCCUGGUCAGGAGGUCCCCGGUGUCACGACACACACACAGGAGGAACACAGCAUGCUGCCGCUGAUCUUCCACCUGGGCCGCGACCCCGGGGAGAGGUUCCCGAUCAGUGUUCUGUCUGAGGAAUAUGAGGAGUUCGUCAGACGAGCGACUGCAGUCGUGAAGAAACAUCAGGAGCGUCUGAUCCCUGCAGUUCCACAGCUCAACAUGUGUGACGCAGCAGUGAUGAACUGGAGUCCUGCUGGCUGUGAGCGACUGGGAAAGUGUCUGAAAGCGCCCGAGUCCAAGCCGUGGAAGUGUGACUGGCCACAUUAAUGGAGUUUAUUAUCCACAAGAUUCCAGUUUAAAAUGAUUUUUGUAUUUUUUGUGUCUUUAAAGGGAUAAUUCACCCAAAAAUUAA